CAAAGUUGACCUUCUGCAGCAGUGGCAGAGCAGAGUGAGUGCUUAAGCAUUACUGACCGGAGGCGCUCUCCUCUGAACGUCGGUUUCAUUUUCACGAUGAGUUUUAAUGUCAGCACACGGGGCGAACAUCUUUGGGGAAGACAGUGCCUGUCAUGCGCUGGCACCAUUUUUUGAACCCCCAAAAAACGAAUUUUAGAGCCGACCACGGAUAAAUCCAAUUUACAGGCAUCCCCUCACCGGGCGAUGGAGGUCCUUCAUUAAGGGCUUGGGGGAGACAAACUGUCGGAAUUUCGCCAAAAUUACGACGGGAAUUAAGUACAGCUCCCUGUCUCCCGGCAACGGGAGAGACCACCUGCCGCUCGUGAUGUCUCGUGCUAAGGAGCGGCUGAAAGGCGGGAAUGAGACCAAGGACAGCGUCACUCUGCUGCCGUGCUUUUACUUUGUAGAGCUCCCUAUCCUGGCCUCCUCUGUUGUUAGCCUUUAUUUCCUGGAACUGACGGAUAUUUUCCAGCCGGUGCAUUCUGGGUACAGUUGCAAUGACCGCAGUCUGUCUCUGCCCUACAUCCUUCCCAGACAGGAAGUCUGCCCACUGCCUCUGCUCUUCAGCUUGGCCUUUGCCGCUCCCACUGUCACGAUUCUUAUAGGAGAAGCCAUUCUUUACUGCUAUCUCUCCAGGAGGUCAUCAGCCACACAGACUGAGGCUAACAUCAACGCUGCAGGCUGUAAUUUCAACUCCUACAUCCGCAGGGCCGUCCGCUUCAUAGGUGUGCAUGUCUUUGGCCUGUGUGUGACAGCACUGAUAACUGACAUUCUUCAGCUGUCCACUGGUCAACACACACCCUACUGGCUGGAUGUGUGUAAGCCCAACUUGACCCACAUUAACAUAUCCACUUGUGAUGAAGCUUUUAUUCUGGAGGAUAUCUGCUCCGGACAAGACACUGGGCUCAUAAAUGCUGGGAGGAAGUCGUUUCCCUCCCAGCAUGCAACUCUGGCUGCCUUUGCUGCUGUCUACAUCUCAAUGUACUUCAACACGGUGCUGACAGACUCUGCCAAGCUGCUGAAGCCUCUCCUGGUGUUCUCCUUCGUCAUGCUGGCCAUCCUGGCCGGGCUGACCCGGAUUAUCCAGUUCAGAAACCAUCCUGUCGAUGUCUACUGUGGAUGGUUACUGGGAGCUGCCAUUGCCUUUUAUCUGGGUGUGUAUGCAGUGGGCAACUUCCAGCCCAGUGAGGAUCGGUCCAGAAGUCGAGCACCUGCCCCCACCCUGAGAGAGCCCCCCCUCUCCUCUUUACCCAAUGUCAGCCAAUCAACAAUUAGCAACAGCCACCAAGGUCACCACACGUUGGCUCCCAGCCAACCAGAGCCCAUCAUCACCAGGACCUCCUCCCACACUUUGUCCCCCAACCAACCAGAGCCCAUCCUGAUGCGAAGUGCCUCCUACCGAGAGCCAUCUCUGUCCAAUCUGAAAAGAGCUAGUGCCGAGGUGGAAGUGAUAACCCCAUCCAGUCCCCUGGGCAACCAUGACAACAAGAUGACCUUCAGCAGCAGCACACUGCCAAGGUCCCACGGAGGCUCCUCAUUGGAAGAGGGUCGCAUUCCACGCCGUCACGCCUCCAUCCAUGCAUCAAUGGACUCAACCCGAUCCAAACAGCUGCUCAGCCAGUGGAAGAAUAAAAACGACAACAGGAAGCUGUCCCUGCAGGUGAUGGAUGGAAUAAGACCAGCCUCCUCCUCAUCUCCUCAGAGGAACAUGGAGCUGCGCUGCUCCUCUGAACCUUCUGCAAUGGGCCUGGAGGCAGAGCUCCGAGGUGGAAUACACCUUCCUUCACUUAUCGCUUGUCAGGAAACAGAGCAACGUGCUGGGGCUCACAUUCCAGUUCAAUACAUGAAACUAGCAGCAAGCUCUGUUCCUAUGGCCAAUCAUAAUCACCAGUCCCAUAAUGGCAGCAGCGGAAUGGCUGGUGGGGCCAGAGUGUCUAUCCAAUCCCGGCCUGGAUCCUCCCAGCUGGUUCACAUUCCUGAGGAGGACAACUUUACCAGCAGGGAUCAUGAGAGUGAAUCAGAGGACAGCAUUAUGGAUGGAGGUGGGUCAGUGAGGGAAAAGUGGCUAAGAGUGGCUGAGAAGACCACCAUCCCCUGCAGGCCGCUCAGUGCUGGAGGACAGCCUCGUCUUAUGCAGGUGAUAGCCUUAUCCAAACAGCAAGGUCUGCUACACUCUCCUCGAUCUGAGGAUGGUGGAUCCAUUCGAUACCGAGCCUUGACAGACCAAGACCCAUCACCACCGGCCUCUACCACAGGAGCAGUGGGAGGAGGAGGAGGUUUGGAAAGAAGUGGCAGCAUAGUCCGUGUUGAAGCCCACCCAGAGUCCAGAUCAAACAAACCUGUGGUGAAACCUCCAAGCACCGACGGAAGUGGCUCGUGGCGAUGGAAACCACCAGAACAACGAGCCUCGCUCCGGCAGUCAGCUUUCACACUCAACGACCUGAACAGACACGCUGACAGCUGUGAUUCGCUAAGGGAUGAAGGGUCAGUGGAUGGGCGGAGGAGCGUGGCUGAGAGUGAAGUGGGAGGAGACGGAGGGGGAGGAGAAGACGGAGGGGGCGUGGGAGGAGGUGUAUACACAAACCAUCCACAUGUUGUACAUCCUUUACAUCCUUUACAUCCCAAUAACCCAAACAACUUCCAGCACCCCAAUUAUAACCCCAACAAUCCCAACUGUAAUAACGUUCACUUUAACUUCAACCCCAACUCUGCCAAUUUCAACCACAACCCUGCCAACUUCAACCCCAACUCUGCCAACUUUAACCCCAACUCUACCAACUUCCUCCCCACCUCUGCCAACUUCAACCCCAACUCUACCAAUUUUAACCCCAACUCUACCAACUUCAACCCCAACUCUACCAAUUUUAACCCCAACUCUACCAACUUCAACCCCAACUCUACCAACUUCAACCCCAACUCUACCAACUUCAACCCCAACUCUACCAACUUCAACCCCAACUCUACCAAUUUCAACCCCAACUCAACCAACCCCAACAUGACCUUUACCCCCACUGCCACAUUUGCUCCUCCCUUCCACCCCCACCCGCAGGCCAUCACCACCAUCAGGGUCACUCCAGUGGAAGGGACCACUGCCAGCAGCGACGGUGGGUCAGACAGCCAGUCGGUUACAUCGUCCAGCCGUGAAUCCACCCUGAGGAGGAAGAGUGGCUCCCAUGUUGUUCAUGUGCCAGAUCGAGGGCCAACCCCUGAUCUCCACAGCAACCACCGCAUCUGUGAUGACAGUAAUCGCCUCGACAACGAAAGCAGCAACCGUUUCCAAGAAAACCUUCGAAGUUUUCAAGAAAACCCCAUCCACCCUAACCAUCCAAGCAGGCAGAUGCAGGGCAUGUUUGUUCGUCCUAGCCCAACCCCUCCCCCUACCUUACCCCGCCCCAUCCUGACUCACACUCCUCCUCCUACUCUGGGGUUGGCCUACAAAGAAUGACAUGCUCAGUGUUAAUUUAAUCCAUCUAUACCUGUGAUUAAAUGUCCUACUUGACCAGGACAAAAUAUCAAUGGAGAUGCAGCAUGGGCAAUUCCAAACUUCAGUUUGGGCAAAAUAUUAAAGGAAAUUUGGUUAAAUUUGUCCACAACUUUUUACCUGGCCAAUUAGGGCACAAUAUAUAGCCAAUUAUGCCCCCCCCCCCCCCCAGCAGAUUUAAUACCCAACUAUAUAAAUGUUAUGUCUUACUCGAAGACAUAGUUAAUAAGCUUUUUAAAAACAAUUAGCAAGAGAUUCACAAUGCUCUUUUUGGUUAAAAUCUAAAGAGAGAACUAACACAAUUAGCCAUGUCUCCAAUCUCCAAAUGGCCAAUAAGAAAUGACUGUAGUGAGGGCUCACGUUUAGAGGAGUGAAUUUGAUUUAUUUUUCCUUGUGUUUUUUCUGGACACACUGAUUAGUUUUUUUGUGAAUGUAAUGCAUUGAGUGAAUUUGCUUCAUAGGCACAAGGAUAAUGGGCUUAAUAAACGGCUGACCAUUUGACUCACUCAAAAGGAGAGACUUCAGCCUCCUUGCUUUGUCCCAUAGAUCCCUGUCAGCAAGGUUGGAUCCAGCCUAAUGAUUCUGCCCCCCCCAUCCUCUGACUGCUAGAUCAACUGUCCAUGGAACAACAUUUUUUUUACAACAUGGAUACAUACAGUAUAUUGUCAGUUCUCAUGCUUCUGUCAAACACAGGUAACAAUAUCAAUAUAUAACCAUAUGCCAUUAGAUGGACCUUUGCUAUAAUGUCCAUAACUGUGAUGUGUUUGUAAAUAGGAAUGUGAGUUGCCACAGUGGAAUCUAAACCCACAGUCUUUAUUGUGUCUGGGCUACACACUGGGCAAUAACAGUAUCUCUAGGUCAUGGUGGUAUUGUGUUUGUGUUGGAUAAGAACAAUAUCAUGGGAUUUUGUGUUUAAAUAUAGUGCUCUAUUUUUUACCUGCUGUGUUUUAAUGAUGUGCAGUAUAUGAAUAUGAAAAUUAUCUACAGCAUUUGAGCCAUCUAAACAAACUUAGUUUUCUUUUUUUUUGGCUCAUUUUAUCAGCUCAUCAUGUCUCCCAGUAUUAAAGAAUGGGUUUAAUUACUAUCGAGUUUUAGGGGAACUGUUCGAAAACCGUUCAAGAACUACCGAUAUCAUCAUAUGGCUGACAUACUACACAUUUUGUAACAUUUUGAGAACAACAAAAUGUCUGUCUGCUUGUUUUAGCCUUGUCCUAACAUCUAUGAUAAAACAGUGCAGAUUUCUGAAAGCUACAACUUCAGAUCCUCAACAACCCACGGUUUGAGUUUCUCUAAAACUUUUCUCUAAACUUUAUUUUUCAAAAUAUUGUGACUUUUCUAGUAAAACCACUUGAACUUACUUCAAAUGUCAACUGUUGUUGUCAAAUGUCAAAUGUUUGGCUCUAAUUCCCAGUUAUGAUGUACUAUCCCUCACUGACUUUGCUUUGGUAUUUGCAUGUGCUGUUAAAUUCAUGAUGUAGAAAAUAUUUUUGAAAUUUCUACUCAAUGAAUGUUGGAGAAAAAGAAAAAAAUGUUAAUACUAAAUGUUAAUUGGACUCAUGAUUUACAUUCUUUUUUUUUUACUUAACUUAAGUGCCAUCAAAAGAGUACUGUCGAUUGGGGUAGUCACACAGAGAUCCAGUCAGUGUUUUAAUGCUAAAUUGCCUGGGAAAAUAAAGAUCCUCAAGAUUGGAUCCCGUCAAGUUUAAGAAAGCACAAUUACUGCAGCGUGAUGACAACAGAUGGAUAUUUAUAGCUAUGUACAUAUUUUUUAUCUCCGUAAACUCCCACUUGUGGUCAGAUGUUGCUUUGAUUAUUGUAUAGGUGUAAGGCCAUAAUGAAGAUUUUGUUGAAGAUGUUGCUGCUAAUGUUGUUAGGAAGAGCUAUUCAUUUGUUUUUAAUGGAAUACGCAAUAGCUGAGUGGAGAGGACUUAUAUUCUCAUAUUUCAAUAAUAUUUUGUUUUAUAGUGAGUAUUCUAGUUAAACCAGCUGGUUUGUCAAAUUUAUAUGGUUGAAUGUGACAGUUGCUACUCGACUCGUGUGCGUGUGCUCAUUUCUUUUCUACCUAACAAUAAAGAAAGGACAUAAUCAAAUCAGAUUUAGAGUCAGCGAGAAACUCUGACUGUGUUUCAUGAAAAGAAUUCAAAAAGUGUUUGGUGCCUCUCGUGGUCAUUAGUGAUCUAGCUUUUAGUUUUGGGAUUUUAUUGAUAUCAUUCUUCAAUUUAGCUGGAGGUUUGGAGAGAAGACAGUGAAUAGACAGUGGCUGGUGUCAACAGUGCUCUAAAAGUUGUAGAGCCACAUCAUAUUACCUGCAAGCACUGUUAUACAUACUGCUUUCACACAGCAGCUUGAUAAGAAUUUCAUGGAACAGA